GUGUGUGUGUGUGUGUGUGUGUGUUCUCUCUCCUCGGUCUCGCGCUGCCGUCGGACCGUUUUUCUCCGGUCUCCGCCUGAAGGAUCAUGUCCAGCAGUAGGACUCUCCCCGCUCCUCUUCAGGGUUAUUACCUGACAUGAAGGACUGAAGUUUGAGGUCUCAGCGCCCCCUGCUGGACUCCUGUUGCAGCUGCAGGCCAUGGCUGAGCCCAGCUACUCCGACCUGAUCGCCAAACACUACAACUACACUGGCAAGUUCCGCAAGACGGAGCAGGACUCAGGUCUGAAAGCCGACUCGGUGGUCUUCAUCAUCGUGUGCUGCUUCAUCAUCCUGGAGAACAUCCUGGUCCUGACCACCAUCUGGAGGACCAAGAAGUUCCACAAGCCCAUGUACUACUUCAUUGGGAACCUGGCGCUGUCUGACCUGCUGGCAGGUGUCGUCUACACUGCCAACAUCCUGCUGUCGGGCGCCAACACCUACAAGCUGACGCCCACGCAGUGGUUCUUCAGGGAGGGCAGCAUGUUCGUGGCACUGGCGGCGUCCGUUUUCAGCCUGCUCGCCAUCGCCAUCGAGCGCCACCUCACCAUGCUGAAGAUGAAGCUGCACAACAACGGCAACACCUGCCGCGUCUUCCUGCUCAUCAGCACCGUGUGGAUGAUCGCGGCGGUGCUGGGAGGCCUCCCGGUGAUGGGCUGGAACUGCAUCGAGAGCAUGAUGCAGUGCUCCACCGUGCUGCCGCUCUACCACAAAACCUACAUCCUGUUCUGCACCACCGUCUUCAGCAUCAUCCUCAUGGCCAUCGUGGUGCUGUACGCUCGGAUCUAUGUGCUGGUGCGCACUCGCAGCCGCAAACUCGUCUUCCGCAAAGUGUCCAACGGACGCGGCAACACUGGCGCCAACAGCAAGAGCUCGGAGAAGUCCUUGGCACUGCUGAAGACCGUCAUCAUCGUCCUGAGCUGCUUCAUUGCCUGCUGGGCGCCGCUCUUCAUCCUCCUGCUGUUGGACGUGGCCUGCGAGACGCUGAGUUGCCCCAUCCUCUACAAGGCCGAGUGGUUCCUGGCACUCGCCGUCCUCAACUCUGCCAUGAACCCGCUCAUCUAUACGCUGACCAGCAAUGAGAUGCGCCGCGCCUUCCUGAAGACGCUGCUGUGCUGCACCGCCUGCAUUCGGCCCAACGCCAAGUUCACCGGGCCCAUCGUGGGCGCCGAGUUCAGCCGCAGCAAGUCAGAUAACUCCUCCCACCCCAACAAGGAGGAGGUGGAGUACUCACCGAGGGAGACGACGGUGGCGUCCUCGGGGAACGUCACCUCGUCGUCCUAAACGUUAGAACGCUUGGCCGUUAACAAGUCGUAGAGAGAGGAUGUGUGAGGUCAGACGGAGAGUUUAUGUUUGUACAGGAAACCGGUGUGAACGGCGCCAGAUGGCGUCACCACAAACUGAUCUGAACCUUCAGAUGAUCAGGACUCACAGCACUUAUGGAGACUUUCAGACUGGUUAAACUGGGACCAGUGAACCCUCAGACAGAGGAGGUCAUCAGAACGCAUCAGCACACCUGCAGGAGGAUCAGCUGGUUUAACUGGAGGAUCUCUGCUCUAACAUGCAGCUUGGAGCUUCAGGUUCAACGUGGAUCACAGGUGGUCCAGGUUCAUUCAGGACCUGAAGCAGGAGCGCCCAUGAAAACUAAACGGACAGUUGAAGAAUUGUAAAGGUUGUGGAUCAUUAACGUCCUGAUCUGAGCUUCAUAGAACGAGUUACUGAUCCUCAUAGAAGAAGAACCAGACUUUGUACUGACCCUCUAAGAACAACUAGAACCUGUAGUCUUAAAUACACAGCUGUCAAAUAUUUAAGAAAUACAAAUUAAUUCAUGGAAAUGUUUUGUUUCCUCCACCUCCUUUAAAAAAACACUUCACAGGUGAAUUCAGAGCUCAGGUGAUUUUCAUAGAUGCUGUUUUUCCUGUUAAUGAUUAAAAUCCUCCAACAUCUGGAUGUUUUCAAACGAGAAGCAGCUUCUUCUCUGAGUUCAGGACCUUGUUAGAGAUAUCACAGCUCUGUAUACGACCCUCCGUCCACAUGUAAAGCUUCUCCCUGUCUUUGAUGCUGGUUAAUCUGCUCUCAAAAAGUAUCUGAGUCGCAGCUGUGAUCAGACCUGGUCCAGGUCGCUGAGCAAAGGAGCUUCAGUGGUUCCUUUCUUAUCUCCUUUAGCAGAGGAGACACUGGAGCUUCCUCUAGGAAAGAAAAUGAGAUAAACCAUCCCAGCAGCAGCUGUCAGUAACAUUAAUUACAAAGCCUAGCGUCAGCGCAAUUUUCUUUUUUCCUGAUGAAUUCUUCCAGUGAAGACUUGGUGACUCGGUGUUAAGAUGUAAAGACUGAACGUGUCUGAGGAACAACAGAACAUGAAGCUGGAAACAGAAACCUUUUUUUAAUGUUUAUUUGAAGUUAAAAUGUGAAAACUGCUUCACUCAUGUUCUGAACUAAACUAAAAAACUGAUCAUUAAUUGUCUGAUGAGAAGCUCCUGGACUCUGAAUUCACAUGUUCCUCGUGAUGUUUUUGUAAAAAGUUAACUGUGUAAAAGUAGAAACUGUUGGUCAGAAUGUAUUCUUUACUUCCUGUCUGUCAUUGUCUGUAGUGACAUCUGUGUAGUCGAAUUCAUUUAUAUCUGAAACCAGGAGGAAAAAACUUCAUUUUGUUUGUCAGAGAAACGAAAAGAUGUUUUUUCUCUUUGGGUUCGUUCAGUUGCGUCUCAGAGCUAUGGAGGUUCACUGCUGCCAAAAAUAAACCAAUAAAUGUGGAAUAAUAGAUUAAAUCCUCAUUAAUAACUCAGAUACUUAAUAUUUCAAACUUAUUAAAUUAAUAUCCACAUUGAUUCUCAAAAUUAAGGUUCAGAGUUCAGUCUUGGAAAUUGUCUCAUGUCGAGGUCCAUUCAGUGACUGAUCACAUGGUCUUCAUCAGAAUAUUUUAAAGUCAUAAAUGAAAGUUGAAUCUCAGUUUUGAAGCUGAUUAAAAGAUCAGAAAUCUUUAAACUGCUCAGAAAAUAUAAACAUCUGCAGUUUCAUGAAAACAGGUUCAACUCAGUCUGCUGAGGAAGGUCAUGUGAUACGACUGAAAGCUCCAGAUUCACAAAACUGUCAAAUACAACUGGACUGAUGAGUUUUAUCUCCCAUUCAGAACUUCAUAGAGAAAUUUCAUGUUUUAAGAAUCCAAUCAUCAGCUUGUUGAAUUUUGGCAGGAGUGAGCUUCCGUACAGAUCAGAUGCUGUUACCAUGGAGACCACUCCCCGUCAAUGAUCUGAUCGAUUAAUCCAUUAAUUUUCUGUGUUUGUUGUGGAAGCUCUGUGGGUCUGUCUGCACUGUUUAACUCCUGAAUGUUUGUUAGACCUUAAUAAAGAGACAAAUAGAAA